AUGGGGAACCCAGCAUCUGGUGAAACAUACCUCGCAAUAACAUCAGACUCUUCGUAUCUCAUCCUCGCUCCGUCAACGAUCCGCCCCAACAUGGAUUUCACAGUCAGCGUCAACAUUCUCAAGGCCACCAGUUACGUCGCAGUUGUCGCCCAAGUUCUAAAGGAAAAAACUCUCGUGGCAAACGGUGUGAACGUUUUUAAGGCUGGUACCCCGGGCACAAUCACAAUGAAGUUGCCAGCUGACCUCACCGACAGCGACUACACUCUUAAAGUUGUUGGUGGCGGCGGGGUGAACUUUGAAAAUUACAAGAUCAUCUCCUACAACAGCAAAGAGGCUUCGCUGUUUAUACAGCUGAAUAAGGCCAUCUUUAAGCCUAGUGAUACAGUGAAAUAUAGAGUUUUUGGAGUGUACUCUGAUUUACAGUCGUACAAAGGGACAAUGGACAUUUCUAUUUAUGACGCAAAGAACAACAAGAUCAAACAGUGGGUCAAGGUCACUCCAGUAAAAGGGGUCAUCGCCGAGGAGCUGACCCUCUCAUCCCAGCCAGUCCUUGGGGACUGGAAAGUUGUCGUUGAGGCUGGCAAUUUGAAAGAAGAGAAAUCCUUCAAUGUAGCAGAGUAUGUUCUUCCCAAGUUCGAGGUCGAGGUCAUCAUGCCACCUUACGUUUUGACCAGCGAUUUUGACGUCACGUUUACUAUUAAGACAAAGUACACCUAUGGUAAACCAGUCAAAGGUAACGCAAUCGUCCAAGUAAAUCUGCACGACUAUUGGAAGACGAAACCCGUUUACCAGUUGAUAAUCCCGAUUGAUGGAGAGACCAGGGCGGUAGUACCUAUGUCAAAGGUCAAAGAGUUUGCCUACUCACUGAAUGAGGUCACACUUAUAGUCUCCGCCAACGUGAUCGAGUCUCUGACCGGAAACCAGAUGUCCAGUAACGGAACCGUCACCAUGUACGACAAAGGUGUGAAACUUGAGUACCCGGAGAACAAUCCCAAGACCUUCAAGCCUGGUCUACAGUACAUUGCUUAUCUAAAGAUCUCACAGCCAGAUGGACUUCCAAUCCGUUCCACUAGUGAAACUGUUACAGUCAACUUCAGAUUCUAUAACUACAGCAGGGGCUUUUUCAGUUCACCAAUCGCAGACAUUCCUGACCAGACUUUGAGCGUCCCUAGCAGCGGUCUGGUACCCAUUCUAGUUCAGACACCAACAUUCCACGAGGCCGUCAUUAUAUCAUCAGAUUUCCAAGGAGUUACCCGAACACUUUACUUAGAAAAGAGACACUCCCCAAGUAGCUCGUACAUCCAAAUUUACCUGCAAUCUGCUUCUAUACAGGCAGGGGACAUAAUCUUGUUUUCCAUCAACGGUACUGAAGAACUGUCUAUUCUUUUGUAUCAGGUUCUCUCUCGAGGCAACAUAAUAAAAUCUGGCACAAUAAAUGGCAACAACCAGAAAAGCGUCAAUUUCUCCGUCGUCUCUGAGCCCAGCAUGGCGCCCUCUGCCAGAAUCGUCGUCUACUACGUCAGACCAGACGGUGAAGUUGUCCCAGACAGUAUCAGCUUCGACAUCAGCGGUGCUUUCAAUAACAAGGUGACCGUUGACCUUGACAUGGCUGAUGUUGAACCAGGAGAUGAUGUCACUGUUGUCACCACAGCUGACCCAGACUCCAACGUCCAUUUAUUGGCCAUUGACCAGAGCGUUUCUUUACUUAAAAGUGGAAAUGACGUUACAGUUACUGAUGUCCAUUCCGCUCUCAUGGAUUACGAUAAUCGAUAUUAUCCAACACUUUAUUUUAAUAACGAUGCAUGCCAAGUUUUAGAGGAGUCCGGGGUUGGUGUCCUAACUGAUGCUGCGGCGUAUAGAGAUCAAUGUGGCGAAAAUGAAAUGGACGAGGAUAUAUAUUACAAGAACCUAGAGCAAGAUCCAGAGAUAGAGGAAGAGCCACAACAAGAGCAAGAUCCAGAGAUAGAGGAAGAGCCACAACAAGAGCAAGAUCCAGAGAUAGAGGAAGAGCCACAACAAGAGCAAGAUCCAGAGAUAGAGGAAGAGCCACAACAAGAGCAAGAUCCAGAGAUAGAGGAAGAGCCACAACAAGAGCAAGAUCCAGAGAUAGAGGAAGAGCCACAACAAGAGGAAGAUCCAGAGAUAGAGGAAGAGCCACAACAAGAGCAAGAUCCAGAGAUAGAGGAAGAGCCACAACAAGAGGAAGAUCCAGAGCGAGAUCCAGAGAUAGAGGAAGAGCCACAACAAGAGCAUGAGCCAGAGCCAGAACCAGAGCCAGAGCCAAUGCCAGAGCCAGAACCAGAGCCAAUGCCAGAACCAGAACCAGAGCCAGAGUUUAUGUCAGAGCCUAAGCCAAACAAAGAGUAUUUAGAGCAUGAAAACACUCGCAGCCGAAGCACACACAGGAUUAAAUUACUCUCUCUGUCGACCGAGGAUCCAGAGUUUCUGGAACCAGCACGCGUCAGGAAGAUCUUCCCUGAGUCUUGGCUCUGGACUGAAGUUUAUGUUGGAUCGAACGGCUCAGCCUCCAUCACAGCCACUGUACCAGACACCAUUACGUCAUGGGUGGUCAGCGCCUUCGCCAUCAACUCAAAAUUAGGUCUAGGCGUGGCCCCAACACAAGCUCACCUGAAAGUCUUCCGACCGUUUUUUGUCAGCCUCAACCUCCCCUACUCUGUGACUCGUGGUGAGCAGCUGGCACUUCAAGCAAACGUCUUCAACUACCUGCCAGACGAUAUGCAGGUACGAGUGACGCUGGCCGAGUCUAAACGUUUCCACAACAUUUUUAUCGACGCCACAGGAAACCAGGAGCUGAAACAGGUUGAUGUUGUACAGGAGGUUAUGGUCAAGGCUGGUGAGGCCAAGUCUGUGUAUUUCCCCAUCGUCCCUGCCGACCUUGGUAGAAUUGACGUGGAGGUCAAGGCCCAAUCCACCAAGGCCGCUGACGCUGUGCGCAGACAACUCCUGGUUGAGGCUGAAGGCGUCCCCAAACAAUACAACGUUCCUGUCAUCAUCGACCUGACCGAAGGCAAAACAACUUUCUCAAAGACCAUUGACCUCACGCUGCCUGCAAACGUAGUCAAGGGAUCUGAGCUUGUUAGAAUUUCAGCUGUUGGUGACCUGAUGGGUCCUACCAUCGCAAAACUGGAUUCUCUGCUUGAGAUGCCAAUCGGAUGUGGUGAGCAAAGAAUGGUCCUUCUGGCACCGGAUGUCUACGUCACAGAUUACCUGAAGGCUGUCAAUCAACUGACUGGUGAAAUCAAGGCUAGAGCCAUCGGUUACAUGGAGAGUGGCUACCAGGGAUUGCUGAACUACAAACACAGUGACGGCUCGUUCAGUGCAUUCGGCAAAUGUGUCUAUUCAGGCAGUAUGUGGCUGACGGCCUUCGUAGCUCGCGUGUUCCACCAGGCUAAGUCCCACAUCUUCAUCGACGACUCCGUCCUCAUCCAGGCCAUCCAGUGGAUAAUCCAGAAACAAAACGCUGACGGCAGCUUCCCCGAGCCUGGAGAAAUUAUCCACAAGAAUAUGCAGGGACAAGCAGGGUCCGGGGUCGGAUUGACCCUGUUUGUGCUGAUCUCACUUUUGGAGAACCGUGAUGUUCUAGAGAAUACGAAUGCCGCAGGAGUCUUGGCUGAACAGGCCAGACAAAAAGCCCUGGCCUACGCUGAACAGGAAGUUGCCAAGUUGGAUGAUCUCUACGUUCUCGCCAUGGCGUCUUACGCUUUCCAACUGGCCGGGAGCAACAUGACCCAAGCUGUUCUAGACAAACUGGAGGCUGAGUCAACUCAGAAGGACGGCUUGGUGCAUUGGCACCAGCCGGAGUCACCUAUGACAUCUACCUACACCAGGCAGAGCCCCAAAACCACCAAGGCCGUUGACAUAGAGAUGACCGCCUACGUCUUGCUGACCUACACAAAGCGGGGCGACUUGGUGGCGGGCAAGAGCAUCAUGCAGUGGAUCACCAAACAGAGAAACGCCAACGGCGGCUUUAUAUCCACACAGGAUACGGUCGUCGCCCUGAACGCCCUCAGCGAGUACGCCAAACAGACGUACAGCAACAAAUUAAAAGUCCACAUCACCACCCAACUAGACCCUGAGACUACCUACUCGUUCGACAUUGACAAGACCAACUCACUUGUGCUGCAGUCUAGAGAGAAUACAAAAGUACCAGCUCAAGUUGUAAUCACAGCUACUGGCUCAGGUUCGGCUCUUGUUCAGGCGGCGGUAAGCUACAAUGUGCUUUCGGAAAUUGAGGUAAAAUCCUUCGAUCUGAAGUUGGAAAUGGUGAAGGAGACGCUCAACAGUUUGUAUAUGGAAACUUGCACAAGGUGGCUAGGAUAUGGCCUCAGCAGUGGAAUGGCCGUCCAAGAGUUUGGUAUCCCAUCAGGCUUUGAGGCUGACCUUGAGAGUAUCACCAAACUCGACACCAUGAAGAGAGUCGAGACACAAAACAAGAAGGUCAUUCUCUACUUUGACAAGAUCGGCACGACGCCCGUGUGUUUAAACCUUAGAGUCAGACGAGUUGAUUUUGUUGCCAAGUCCCAGCCAGCUGCCGUCAGGGUCUAUGACUACUAUGAGCCACAAAACCAGGAGACGGUGUUCUACCAAUCGCAAGUUCUGAAAGAUGCCACAAUCUGUGACGUAUGUUCCAAGUGUGAGAACUGUCGACCAGUCAACGAAAAUGUUAAGAUAUUAAAGAAAGCAUGGGAGGCAUGCAAAGACAAUUUUAUCUCGUGGUGUAUAGAAAUAGCAUUUGAUAUUAUUAUAGAUCUCUUUUAG